GAAGUCUAGAGAGAGAGAAUACGCCAUAUUCAUCCUCAUUAACUGCCCUGCUGUAUUAUUCCGAGUCAACUCAGUUGGUGGAUCGGAGAUUUCGUGAAUCACUUAUCGUCCGUGGUGGUUGUGUUGUUGUUGAGUUCUUGUUUGAUUCAUCCACGUUGAUUUUCUCGGCGGAUAAGAUUCCCAAGGGUUUCACCUUUGUGUUUGUAAACACAUGAUGGAGCUAUUUAGAUUAGAGAGGCAUCGAUUGCUGAAGUCGAUGUUGAUCAUCUCCGUACUAUAUCAGAAUUUGCAUUUUUGCUUCUCUCUCAACGAUGAAGGUUUUUCUUUGCUAAGAUUUAGAGAUAGAGUGGUGAAUGAUCCAUUUGGGGUCUUGUCGAAUUGGAAUGACGAUAUUGGAGGUGCCAAUCCAUGUUCCUGGUUUGGUGUGAACUGCUCCAACGGACGCGUUGUGGCUUUGAACCUGAGAAAUAUGUGUCUUGGAGGAACACUUGCUCCUGAUCUUGGAAAUCUAGCUCACCUAAAGUCUAUAAUUUUGCGGAAUAAUUCAUUCCAUGGUACGAUUCCUAAAAAGAUCGGACAAAUGAAGAAGUUGAAGGUGUUGGAUCUGGGGUACAAUAAUUUUGGUGGACCACUUCCGUCUGAUCUCAGAAAUAGUCAAUUGCCGAAAAUUCUAUCACUAGACAAUAAUGAGCUUCUUGAUAGCAUUUCUCCUGAAGUACAACAACUUACGUUGUUACCUGAAGCUGAGCAAAGAUCGUAUAGGAACAGAAGGGAAAUGACAGGGAACAUUGCCCAAACUGGAGUUGAGUCCCACCGGAAACUACUAGUAACUGUAGACGAUAAUAUAUCUGUUCCGCCAGUUACAGUUCUCCUUCCGCCACCAUUACCAUCUCCGCCCCCAAUAUCACCAUCACCUUCACCAUCUAAAUUUUCACCAACAGGUGCACCAGUGGCAUCACCAUCUCCUUCUCCUGUACCCUCAGCUGUGGCAAAUCUACCCCCUCCAACUCCUCCCACAAUCCUUGACACUUCAGCUCCCCUUCCUACUCCUUCCGCAGAAAGAGGUUCAAACUCCAAGAAUCAUACGGUUGUAAUAGCAACUGUUGUUGUAGGAGGCUCUGCUUUGGUUGGCAUUGCAGCGUUACUAUUAUGGCGAUGCAAUAAAGUGGCGACUGUUAGGCCUUGGGCCACAGGACUAAGUGGGCAAUUGCAGAAAGCGUUUGUCACUGGGGUACCAAAGCUAAAGAGAUCAGAGCUUGAGGCAGCUUGUGAAGAUUUCAGCAAUGUUAUCGGUUCCACUUCAUUCGGGACUAUAUAUAAAGGGACAUUGUCCAGUGGGGUUGAAAUAGCUGUUGCUUCUGUGGCUGCACCUUCUGCCAAAGAUUGGUCAAAACAUCUUGAAAGCCUGUUCAGAAAGCGGAUUGACAUGUUAUCGAAAGUGAACCAUAAGAAUUUUGUGAACCUUCUUGGCUAUUGUGAGGAAGAUAUGCCUUUUACCAGAAUGAUUGCGUUCGAAUAUGCUCCUAAUGGAACACUUUUCGAACAUUUACAUAUACAAGAAGCAGAGCAUUUGGACUGGGCAAUGAGGAUGAGAAUUGCAAUGGGGAUGGCAUACUGUCUUGAUUACAUGCACCAACUAACACCACCCAUAUCCCACAAAAACCUUAAUUCUUCAUCCGUAAACCUCACCGAAGACUAUGCAGCCAAGAUAUCAGAUUUCGGCCUAUGCAAUGAUUCAUCUGCUGCGAACACCGAACCAACUCCUGAAAGUAAUGUUUACAGUUUUGGUAUCAUAUUGUUCGAGAUGAUAACAGGCAGAAUUCCUUAUGCUGGAGGUGAUGCAAUCGACGAUUGGGUAUUAGACUUCUUGAGAGGGGAAAAUCCCAUGAUAGAAUUAGUCGACCCGACCUUAGAUUCUUUCGACGCAGAUCAACUUGAAGCAACCAGUAAAGUGAUAAGAUCUUGUGUUAAUCCCGACCCAAGAAGGAGGCCGAAAAUGAGAGAGGUUACUUCUAAACUAAAAGAGAUGACAAGAAUAUCGCAAGAUGGAGCUACACCGAAAAUUUCCCCUCUUUGGUGGGCCGAACUUGAGAUAUUGUCGACCGAAGCAACAUAAAAUACCCGUAAGUAUAUCCGUCUUAUAAACCGAAGGAAUCGGGAAACAUGUAUAUCUAUAUCUAUAUAUAUAUGUAGUAGAUGUACGUACAUAUAUAGAAGAAGAAGAAGAAGAAGAAGAGGGUGUUGUUUGAAGAGUUGUUUGAUAAUGGAAAAUGUGUGCGCGAGUUUUGGCAGAAACAAACCAGCAUCUCCUGCACUACUUUCAUUCCUUAAAACUACGGUAUGUUUUACAUCCUUUGUAUCACUAUUCACCAAUAUUUGUUUUUGUUUACUUUUUGAGACUGAAUUCACUGCUAUACAAAUGCUGUUUCAGAAAUUUUAUAGAAUUCCAAAUGUCAAUCAAAAUUGCUAACAGCUUUUUAU